AUGGCCGUGGCUUUGGACGCAGUGUGGGUGAGGGUGAAGAACGUCUGCAAACAGAAUGGGCUCCUCAUCAUGUCGGUGCUUGCUGUGGUCAUUGGGUGUCUUUUGGGCUUCUUCCUGAGGACACGGCGCCUCACAGAGCAGGAGGUGAAGUACUUCCAGUUUCCUGGGGAGCUGCUGAUGAGGAUGCUGAAGAUGCUCAUUCUCCCACUUGUCGUGUCCAGUUUGAUGUCAGGACUGGCAGCCCUUGAUGCAAAGUGUUCCAGUCGGCUCGGUCUGAUCACUGUGUCUUAUUACCUGUGGACCACCUUCGUGGCUGUGAUUGUUGGGAUCAUCAUGGUCUCCAUCAUCCACCCGGGCGGUGCUGCACAGAAAGAAGACUCUGAGGACAGCGGCAAGCCCAUCAUGAGUUCUGCUGAUGCUCUGCUGGACCUGAUCCGCAACAUGUUCCCAUCUAAUCUGGUACAGGCCACAUUUCAGCAGUAUCGAACGAACAGCGAGUACAUCGUGAAAGCCAAGCCAACGGUGAGUCAGUCAGAGUCCACCACGCGGCGAGCACUCAUCUACGGCAUCCAGGACGAUAACGGGACUGACAUCCAGAACUUUGCUCUCGACCUGACGCCACCUCCAGAUGUGCUCAUUCGCACUCGAGAAGGAACAAGUGAUGGAAUGAACGUCCUCGGGAUUGUUAUUUUCUCAGCCACUAUGGGUAUUAUGUUGGGAAGGAUGGGGCCAAAUGGCAGCGCCUUGGUGAACUUCUGCCAGAGUCUGAAUGAGGCUGUCCUAAGAAUUGUUGCCAUUGUUAUAUGGUACUUUCCAUUCGGCAUCGUUUUUCUGGUGGCCGGUAAGAUUCUGGAGAUGAGCGACCCCUCGGCCAUGGGGAAGAAGCUCGGUUUCUAUGCCGUCACCGUGGUGUUCGGUCUGGUGUUGCACGGCUUGUUCAUCCUGCCUGCCAUGUACUUCUUCAUCACCAAAAAGAGCCCCAUCGUUUACAUACGGGGAAUCUUGCAAGCCCUCCUCAUCGCCCUGGCAACCUCCUCCAGCUCUGCCACUUUGCCUAUAACUUUCAAGUGCCUUUUAGAGAACAACCACAUCGACCGCCGCAUCAUCCGUUUCGUGCUCCCCGUGGGCGCCACCAUCAACAUGGACGGCACCGCUCUGUAUGAGGCUGUGGCGGCGAUAUUCAUCGCACAAGUAAAUAAUUAUGAGCUGGACUUUGGCCAGAUCAUCACCAUCAGCAUCACAGCCACUGCAGCCAGCAUCGGUGCAGCAGGGAUUCCACAGGCCGGACUGGUCACCAUGGUGAUCGUGCUAACAUCCGUAGGGUUGCCGACUGAUGACAUCACCCUCAUCAUUGCAGUGGACUGGGCUUUAGACAGGUUCCGCACCAUGGUGAAUGUAAUGGGGGAUGCUUUGGCUACAGGCAUCAUGGCACACAUCUGCAGGAAGGACUUCAUGAAAGAGGGAGAUGGGGUACCUUUGAUCUGCGAGACCAAAACGGCACUGAGCACCCCUCCCCUGAUGAACUGCCACAACAAGAACGGCAACUACCGGCCCCCUUCCUCGGGGGUCAAACAUGAGCUCGUCCCUCCCGACGUGGCCCGACUCAUGCAGCUGGAGGAGGGCGUUCGGCCGCUUUCAGACAGGAAGAAGCCUCCGGUUCCUCCGAGGCACUUGAAGAAGAGCAAAGAACACUGCACCAUUGACAUGAAUGGCCUUGAGACCAACGUAUAG